AUGUUGCCCGGAAUUCCAGGUCAGGAAAUAGGACCAAACCACGUCAUUCAGCUGCAAGAACGUGUUCAGUAUCUGUGCCACUUGGAAAGUCGCAGAUUUCCAGGCAGUCAGCCUGUCAGUUUCGCUGGUUUCCAUCUUGCAAGACUCGAACAGGAAGACUUUUGGGUCUGCGAAAAGUCGGAUGGUAUCAGGGUACUCAUGUAUAUCUGCCUGGCCCAGGACGGAAGCCACGACGUCUUCCUUAUUGACCGGAAAAAUGUGUACCGCCAUCAAGGUCCCGGUUUCUUCUUUCCUCAUCAUGCAGACAAGACGAAACCCAUGAGGGACUGCCUGUUAGAUGGAGAGCUUGUUCUUGACAAGGUUCCCGGUAGAGGCGAAGUCCUACGCUAUCUCGUAUUUGAUGCGCUUGUCAUUGAUGAAGAAAACAUCAUGGAUAAGCCUCUUACAUCCCGGUACGGUCGACUACAGCAGUACUUUUUCCACCCAUACAAGAAGAUGCUGGCGGAAUUUCCUCAAAUGGCGAGCGAGGCUCCAUUCCAACUAGUGCUCAAGCCGAUGCAGCUGGCGUACCAUCUAGACAUCGUCCUCGCCGAGAUACCAAAGCUCCAGCAUGGCACUGAUGGACUCAUAUAUACUGCAGUCAACAGCAAGUACGUGCCUCGUACGGACCAAGGAAUCCUAAAGUGGAAGCCACCACAUGAAAAUAGUGUUGAUUUCAAACUCGAACUGCGAUUUCCACCCAUCAAGGACACUAGUAAACCGGAUUUUGAACAAAUGCCGCUCUUUUUGCUCAACGUCUGGGAAGGAGGCAGAAAGUACUCCUUCUACGAUACUAUGACCGUUGACGAGGAUGAGUGGGAGACCAUGAAAAAAUCCAGAAUCCAGUAUGAUGACCGGGUUGUAGAAGUCCGAUGGGACUUUGAACGAGAAGCGUGGAGAUUUAUGAGACUACGCGACGACAAGGCCGAUGGAAACCACGUCGAUGUUGUGGAAAAGGUUGUAGAGACCAUACUAGAUCCAGUGAGCCAGAAAGAUCUUCUGGAUCGCUGUCCGGCGAUACGAGCAAAAUGGAAAGCUCGUGCUGCAGCCCCUCAGCCAUCAACAGCUCGGCCUGUCAUCAAGCCACCACCAUACAACCUACCACCACCAAAACUACCAUUCCCCAACGCGCCUCACUGGCAAGGUUCAUGCGUUGGAUAUGGUUUUGCAAGAAUACGCGGGCCAUCUGUCGUGAAUGGGUGGGUUAGAUAG